UCAUCACGCUUGGUCAGUUGCGUGGCGGACCUCUAGCGUGGAAAUCCCUGCACAAAUUCCUCUUACGACCAUACAAUGCUCAUUUAGCAUUGCAUAUAUCAAAUUUCACAAGCAGAACAUAUUUACAUGACAUAGCACAGUACAUUUGGAUGAUGGAAGAACACAAAGAUUGGGGUGUCGUUCUGCAGCUGGUAUCUGAAACAUGUGGCAAUGCAGAAAUCGUAGGAAAAUGGAGAGAUUAUUGUAACAUUCCGGGAUUGCUCAUGGGUGGUGUUGCAAACUGUGAGCAUAGGUCGCAUACAUCAGUUUUAUUUGCAUUCAGAUGGAUGUUACAACAAAAGAUUAAUAAACUUCAGCUGCUCGACAAAUAUGAUUGGUUUAUUUUGACUCGAGCUGAUGAACUACAUUUAUGUGAACAUUUUGAUUUCACCACUAUGAAGGAGAGUGACAUUUUAUUGCCUACUGGUGAACACUAUAAUGGCUGGUCGGAUCGUCAUUUAAUUACUCGUUCGUCCAUGUUUAUGAAGAUGAUCAACAUCACGAAGGAGUUAGUUUGCAGACCUGAUUACUGGCUGAACAAACUGGAAGAAGUUGAUUAUGAACUAAAUAUUGAAGUGGUGCAGAAGCUUAUCUGGGACGAUAUGCGCCUAACUGUUUCGGAACAUCCGAGAUCCAUAUUUAUUGUUAGAAGUACUGGUGAUCCCGCAUCAUGGUCUCGAGGUAGAUCUCAUCCAGAACUCAGUCGCUUUAAUCUGAAAGUGAAGUAUCCAAGAGAAUUAAAGUCGUCGAAAAUAUACUGCAAAACUAGAAAUAUUACACCUGUGAUACAAUCUAUUCGUGAAUACAAUUAA